AUGGAGAAAGCAAGGAAGGAGAUUGACUCUAUCAUUGGCAAAGACAUAAUGGUAUUGGAAACAGAUAUAGAUAAUCUUCCUUCUCUUCAAGCCAUAGUGAAGGAGACACUGAGGCUUCACCCUCCAUCUCCAUUUGUAUUGAGAGAGUCAACUGGGAAUUGCACCAUUGCUGGAUAUGACAUUCCAGCAAAGACUCAGGUUUUCACUAAUGUGUGGGCUAUUGGUAGGGAUCCAAAGUACUGGGAUGGCCCUCUUGAGUUUAGGCCUAAAAGGUUUCUUAGCAAUGAUAAUGAGAGUGGAAAAAUGGGUCAAGUUGGAUUCAGGGGACAACAUUAUCAACUUUUGCUUUUGGGAGUGGAAGAAAAGGGUGUCCUGGAGCUUCACUAG